AUGGCAACCAACGAUUUUUCAUCGAACAAUCAAAUUGAUCAUGUUGCCAUUUCCUCAACAAACGAAACUAAAACUUUUUUAUCGGUUCUCGAAUUAUGGGCAAUUUACAAGAAUAAGAAACAGAAAAUUUAUGCUUUGUUAGAUGGUUGUGCUACGGUUAGUUCGAUUUCACAAAAUUUGGCCAAUAAUUUAAAAGUUCAAACAACCGUUGAAAAAGGCAUAGAAAUUCAUGGCUAUGGAAACAAUCAAACCGAAAUUUUGAAAUCAACGUUUAUUCGUUUUGAAAGUUUGAAUGGAAUAAGUUUUGGUCCAGAUAAAGUUCUAAUUGGUCCACAAACAAUUUUAGAAGAAGUUGAAACAAUUCCUAAAAGAAUUUUAAACAAAACGUUAGAAUUGGGAUUUAACCCAAUUUCUCCUUCUACUGAAAAUUCAAAAAUUAAAAUUGAUGUCUUGUUUGGUUUGGACUGGUUAUUCAAUCAUAUUCUUUUACCAGCCGAAGAACGAAAGUUUGUUGAAAUUGAAAAUGGUUUUGAAGCUUAUAAUACGAAAAUUGGCACUGUCAUUCAUGGUCAUACGAGGAAUUCAAAAAGUUUUUAUACCUCUUUAUGUCAAAGUGUCCAUUGCCCAGUUCAGGACAUUGAACGAAUAUUUUUUGAUAAUUCAGCUCCAGACGUUGAAAAUAAUGCUGAAGACAAGAAAUGGAUCGAAUCCUAUCAAAAUAAAUUAAGGUUAAACGAAGAAGAACGUCGAGUCUAUGCUCCUUUACCUUGGAUCAAUGAAGAAAGACCAAAAGAUAAUUUUAAUCAGAUAGUCAAAUUAUUACCAGCUUUGGUUCGAAAAUUGGAAAAAGACAAGUUGUUGAAUAAUUAUACAGAACAAUUAGAUUUUUUCGUUAACAACAAUUUUGCGGAAGUCAUUGAUGAAAAUGCUAAAGAUGGCUUCUUUUUGAAUCAUUUUCCAGUUGUUCGUCAAAAUACAACAUACGAUGUUCGACCUGUUUUUAAUGCGUCGUUUAAACGCGGUUCAGCAAGAUCUUUAAACGAUUUUUUGUUUAAAGGAAAUCUAACUGGUUUAAAGUUAACAAAGAUGUUAUUAAAUUGGCGUUUCAAUAGCUGUAUUUUAUUUGGUGACAUUCAGAAAGCUUUUCUACAGAUAAAAAUUGAACCAGAAGAUCGUAAAUAUUUAAAAUAUUUAUGGCAGAAAGAUGGUAAAUUAGUCAUUUUGCAAUUUACCAGUGUUAUUUUUGGCGCUACGAGUAGUCCGUAUAUUUUAGAAUCUGCUAUUUCCAAGUUGUUGAGAGAAGUCGAUCCAGAAUUAACCGAAUGUAUUUAUAUGGACGAUAUUCUAUUUACUGCAAACGAUUUGGAGGAUCUUUUCGUUCGUUUUUUCAACGUCGAAAAAGCUUUGUCUAAAGGAUCUAUGAAAAUCCAUAAAUUUACUGCCAAGAAAGAAGUUAUCGAAUAUUUCAGGACGAAAAAUCCUGAAAUCAAGAUCGAAGAAAAGGAUGCAAGCAAAAUUCUAGGUCUUUUGGCACCUUUUCAACUGAAGUUCCGUUCUUUGGUCCGAGAUCUUCAUCUUUCUAAGUACGAUUGGGAUGUAUCCAUCGAUAUUCCUUUUAUUGAACGCAUCGAAACUUUAGCUAAACAAAUGGAAGAUUUAGUCAAUAUUCGUGUUCCAAGAGGUGUUUGGCGUUCAAAAGGAAGUCGUUUAAUGGCUAAAGUUUUAAAGGAGUUACCACAUUUGAAGAUUGGUAAUUUAUUCUCUGAUUCAAUGGUUACGUUGGCGAGAAUUUCUAGUAAUCCGAAAAGUCUUGGUGCUUUUGAGUCGAAUCGUAUAAGAGAAAUUCAAAGUUUUGGCAAUCUUCAUAUUUGGAAAUUUAUCCCAACCAAGAUUAAUCCAGCCGAUUGUUUAUCUCGUGGUUUGUCUUUGGAAAAGUUGAAAAUGAAUAAACUUUGGUGGAAUGGUCCAACUUCAUUUUCGGNAGCCUUAGAAGGAAGUCGUUUAAUGGCUAAAGUUUUAAAGGAGUUACCACAUUUGAAGAUUGGUAAUUUAUUCUCUGAUUCAAUGGUUACGUUGGCGAGAAUUUCUAGUAAUCCGAAAAGUCUUGGUGCUUUUGAGUCGAAUCGUAUAAGAGAAAUUCAAAGUUUUGGCAAUCUUCAUAUUUGGAAAUUUAUCCCAACCAAGAUUAAUCCAGCCGAUUGUUUAUCUCGUGGUUUGUCUUUGGAAAAGUUGAAAAUGAAUAAACUUUGGUGGAAUGGUCCAACUUCAUUUUCGGAAGAAGUUAGUUUGGAUAAGGCAGUCGUUCUUGCGAAUGUUAGAAGAAGUUCAUCAGAAAUUUCUUUUGAAACAAAUAUAUUUGAAAGAAUCUGUAAUCUCAAAUUCAAGAAAGCAUUAUUGGUGAUCGAAAGAUUGUUAGCUUGGAUGUCUUCAAGAGUAGAAGAUUCCCAGAGAAUCCAUUAUCAACCAUUACUUCAACUACUAAAAAUAGUCCAGAAGAAUCUUUUCAAAAAUGAAUUUCAACAUCUGUUUCGUCAGGAGCCUUUACCUAAAGAUUCUCCGCUUCAUAAAUGGCCAAUUUUCUUAGAUGAUGACGGCUUAAUUCGUUUAAAAAGAAGAAUCGACAAUAGUGAAUUAUCUUUCGAAGAAAAAUUUCCGAUAAUUUUGUUUAAUUCUCCGAUUGUCAAAGACAUGGUGAAAGAGUUUCAUAUAAA